ACAUUUCCACUUAAAAUCGUCCUCUCCUCCUCUGAACAGUCGUCACUUCCGGUUCUCGUUGCACGAGCAGUCGGUGUGUUCCAAUGAUCACUCUAUUGCGGAAUUGCCUUGUCAGUUAGUUGAAUAUUACAAUCGAGGUAUAGACACGUUUAACGCCUUACUGGCUUUUAAUGAAUGUGACACGAAGGAGCCGAAAUGGAUGGUGAAGCACGCGGACUGUAACUUUAGCGGUCUUGAUUUCUGCAAAACUCAUGUCAUUCGGAACAGCGACAACCACGACAUUCAAAACGGUAACUGUUGGGCAACAUUCACUGAUGGACAUGGAGUCUGCAGUAUGUCCCUCGUCCAAUCAGAACGGCUGCAUCCUGAACCCACUUCCUGUCUCCGAGACCAAACAGGAACAGGAAGUAGCUCCACCUCCCUGUCUGAGGGUGCACCUGUACCACCUGGGCCAGGGCGGAGCCAACAGCCAAGACCUCACCUAUCCGGCAGGGGACUAUGUGGCUGAGGAGCUGUGCAUCGACGCGGCCAAGGCAUGCGGCCUUUCACCGUUGUAUUGCAGCCUGUUUGGCCUGAUGAGGGAGAGCGACCGCAUGUGGUUCCCACCCAAUCACAUCCUCAAACUCGACCAAUCAGCAAAUGACAGUCUCCUCUUCAGAGUGAGGUACUACUUCCCUGGCUGGUAUGGAGACUCCUGUUCCCACCGCUAUGGGGUCAACAAGGGAAUGGACAGCCCGGUGUUAGACGAUACCGUCAUGUCCUACCUCUUCGCUCAGUGGCGUAGUGACUUUGUGCAUAGCUGGGUGAUUAUCCCAGUGAACCAUGAGGCCCAGGAGGAGUGUCUUGGCAUGGCUGUGUUGGACAUUAUGAGGAUGGCUCAGGAGAGUAGCCAGUCCCCCGUGGACAUCUAUAACGACACCAGCUAUAAAUCGUUCCUGCCCAAGAAUAUGCGUGCCCAUAUCCAAGAGUACCACUUUGUGACCCGGAAGAGGAUCCGCCAUCGCUUCAGGAAGUUCAUCCAUCAGUUCAGCCAGUGUAAAGCCACGGCUCGUGACCUCAAGCUCAAAUACCUGGUGAACCUGGAGACGCUGCACCCAGCCUUCUACUCGGAGUGCUUCCGUGUCACUGAGUCCUUGGAAGGAGAGGUCACCAUCGUCGUCACAGGAAAUAACGGCAUCCAGUGGUCCCGGGAGGAGGAUAAGGAGGCAGACAAGGGUAUCCAGACGUACUGCGAUUUCCCUGAAGUUAUUGACAUCAGCAUCAAACAAGCCAACAAGGAUGGCUCUAUCGAGAGUCGCAUCGUCACCAUCAACAGACAGGACAGUCAGACUCUGGAGCUGGAGUUCCGUUCCCUGUCGGAGGCUCUGUCCUUUGUGUCUUUGGUGGAUGGCUACUACCGGCUCAUAGCAGACGCUCACCACUUCCUGUGUAAAGAAGUGGCGCCCCCUAGGCUGCUGGAGGCCAUUCAGAGUUACUGCCAUGGUCCAGUCUCGAUGGACUUUGCUAUCAGUAAGCUGCGGCGGUCUGGGAAUCACAAGGGUCUGUACAUCCUCCGUAGCAGCCCUAAGGACUACAACAAAUACUUCCUGUCUUUUGUAGUGGGCUGUGACAGCCUAGUUGAGUACAAGCACUGCCAGAUAGUGAAGACAGACCAGGGAGACUACGUCCUCUCUGGGGCCAAGAAGAUGUUUGGUUCUCUGAGGGAGCUGCUCCACCGCUACCAGAAAGAAGCUCUGCGCUCUGACGGACACAUCUUCCAGUUCACCAAGUGCUGCCCGCCUAAAGCUAAAGACAAGUCUAACCUGUUGGUGUGCCGCAGUAACCAGGGUGCUGAGGUCCCCCUGUCCCCCUCUCUGCACAGACACAACAUCAGCCAGAUGGUCUUUCACAAGAUACGCAAGGAGGAUCUUGUCAUCAAAGACAGUCUGGGUCAGGGGACGUUUACGAAGAUCUUCUGUGGCGUGAGGAAGGAGCUGGGAGACUACGGAGAGAUUCACCAGAUGGAUGUCAUUGUUAAGAUCCUGGAUAAGGCUCACCGAAACUACUCCGAGUCGUUCUUUGAAGCCGCCAGUAUGAUGAGCCAGCUAUCCCAUAAGCACCUGCUCCUCACCUAUGGCGUGUGUGUCUGCGGAGAGGAGAACAUGAUGGUGCAGGAGUAUGGGAAGCUUGGCUCUCUGGAUACAUACCUAAAGAAGAGCUCUGUGAACAUCACCUGGAAGCUAGAGGUGGCCAAGCAGCUGGCCUGGGCUAUGCAUUACCUGGAGGAUAAGAACCUGGUGCAUGGGAAUGUAUGUGCCAAGAAUGUCCUGUUGAUCCGAGAGGAGGACAGGAAGACUGGGAACCCCCCCUUCAUCAAACUGAGUGACCCUGGAAUCAGCAUCACUGUGCUGCCCAAAGAUGUCCUUGUGGAGCGUAUCCCCUGGGUACCUCCAGAGUGUUUAGAGGAGGACAGACAUCUGACUUUGGCUACAGAUAAGUGGGCCUUCGGCACCACUCUGUGGGAGAUCUGUAGUGGAGGAGACAGACCACUCGGCACACUGGACUCCUCCAAGAAACGACUGUUCUAUGAGGACCACCACCAGCUGCCUGCUCCGAAGUGGACAGAGCUGGCCAACCUGAUCAACAGCUGUAUGGACUAUGAGCCGUCCAACAGACCCACCUUCAGAGCUGUCAUCAGAGACCUCAACAGCCUCUUCACUCCUGACUAUGAGUUGCUGGUGGAGAGUGACAUGGUGCCCAACAGGGCCAGAGGGUUUGGGUUCCCAGGGGCCUUUGAGAACCAAAACCCUGCUCAGUUUGAAGAGAGACAUCUCAUCUUCCUCAAGCAGCUGGGCAAGGGUAACUUUGGCAGUGUGGAGAUGUGUAGGUAUGACCCUCUGCAGGAUAACACGGGGGAGGUUGUGGCAGUCAAGAAGCUGCAGCACAGCACAGCAGAACACCUCCGAGACUUUGAACGGGAGAUAGAGAUCCUCAAGUCUCUUCAGCAUGAAAACAUCGUCAAGUACAAGGGAGUGUGUUACAGCGCUGGCCGGAGGAAUCUGCGUCUCAUCAUGGAGUACCUCCCCUACGGCAGUCUGAGGGACUACCUCAUCAAGAACAAGGACCGCUUCGACUACAAGAAGCUCCUGCACUACGCCUCACAGAUCUGCAAGGGCAUGGACUACCUGGCGACCAAACGCUACAUCCACCGCGACUUGGCCACGCGUAACAUCCUGGUAGAGAGUGAGCUGAGGGUGAAGAUAGGAGACUUUGGCCUUACCAAGGUCCUGCCUCAGGACAAGGACUACUACACUGUCAGAGAGCCGGGCGAGAGCCCCAUCUUCUGGUAUGCCCCGGAGUCUCUGACAGAGAGUAAGUUUUCAGUGGGCUCUGACGUGUGGAGCUUUGGAGUGGUCCUCUAUGAGCUGUUCAGUGACAAGAACUGCAGUCCUCCGGCAGCGUUCAUGGAUAAGAUGGGCCGUGACAAGCAGGGUCAGAUGAUAGUAUAUCACCUCAUAGAUCUCCUGAAGAGAGGAUACAGACUGCCUGCUCCCCAGGGAUGUCCUGAGGAGAUCCAGCACAUGAUGACCGAGUGCUGGAACAAUGACCCAGCCCUGCGGCCCACCUUCAAGAAGUUAGCCCAGACCGUGGACAUGUUCCGGGACAGUAAGGAGGGCUGAGGAACCCUUCCUGGAGGUCUCUGCUGGAGGGUACCUGGCCCAGCCCACACCGAUCACCUGGGUUGUGUUCAUUAGGCACCAAACGGACUGAAAGGGAUUACCUGGACUUGUCCAAUAAGAAACGCUCGGUUUCCUUUUCUGUUGCAAAGCGUUUUGCUACGGUGUGCCCUAAUGAAAACAUCCCUGACGACGCCUCAACUCUAAAAGACGACGACAAUGAAGUCACCUGACCCAACCGUCUUCUGGAGCAUUACCAAUGGCAUUUUGGGACAACGUCUCAAAAACGAUCUACUUUGUGUUCAAACCUACCCACUUUUUCAGGGAUUCUGGGGAUCUCUGAAAUUACCAUAUGCUGUUACUUUGUUGCCGUCAUUUCUCCAUUUGGAGAUGUUUUCACUGUUUGACUUCUGUCAGGGUCUCAGACUCUCUCCAGCACAGAACACCCAGCUGUUGAUGAUGUGUUAAAGGCAACACAGAACACCCAGCUGUUGUUGAUGUGUUAACAGCAACACAGAACACCCAGCUGUUGAUUGUGUUACAGCAACACAAGAA